UGACAAGUUGUCUGACCUUGGGCGCCCUGCGCAACAUUCCGUUUAUCCGUGAAUUGCCGUGAAACCAGCCGAGUACGAAAUAUUGUUCUCUGUUCAGUCUCGGUUAUUAUCUGCUGUAUGUAUGUACGUAGAUAUUUUUGUUAAAGAUUAAAGUAGUAGGUGUCUAGUGUAGUGCGUUCCGCUUGGGGCACAAAGAUGCCUCUUUUCGGCAAAAAAGAUUUUGGAAGAAAAUCUAAAAAGGACAGCAGAGAUUCGGAGAAGCCCCCAUCAAUCGAAGACAAAUAUGUAGUCAAGGAUCUGUUAGGCACAGGAGCCUUUUCGGAGGUGCGUCUAAUAGAAAGCAAAGAAAACGGUCAGCUAUAUGCGUGCAAAAUUAUCGAUAAAAAGGCCCUGAAAGGAAAGGAAGACUCGUUAGAGAAUGAAAUAAGAGUGUUGAAGAGAUUUAGUGAGCAGGCAAAGGGUGAGGGUGCAGAGAAGAAGAUGUUUUCUCAUCCAAAUAUUGUCCAGCUGUUGGAAACAUAUGAAGAUAAAAAUAAGGUUUAUCUUGUGAUGGAGUUGGUAACAGGUGGUGAAUUGUUCGAUCGUAUCGUCGAGAAGGGUUCGUACACUGAAAAAGACGCGUCAGUCCUGAUCAGACAAGUGUUGGAAGCUGUGGACUACAUGCACUCUCAAGGGGUGGUGCACAGAGAUUUGAAGCCUGAAAACCUGCUGUACUAUAGUGCCGAUGAGGACAGUAAAAUUAUGAUCAGUGACUUUGGUUUAUCCAAGAUUGAGGACUCUGGGAUUAUGGCAACAGCUUGUGGAACCCCCGGUUAUGUUGCGCCUGAAGUGUUGGCACAGAAACCGUAUGGAAAGGCGGUCGAUGUGUGGAGUAUAGGCGUUAUAUCGUACAUCUUGCUCUGUGGAUAUCCUCCAUUCUAUGAUGAAAAUGAUGCAAAUCUUUUUGCACAAAUAUUGAAAGGAGAUUUUGAAUUUGACUCACCGUACUGGGAUGACAUUAGUGAUUCUGCCAAGGAUUUCAUCCGGCAUUUGAUGUGUGUUGACGUUGACAAGAGGUACACAUGCAAGCAGGCUCUUGCACACCCAUGGAUCUCUGGAAACGCAGCCAGCAACAAGAACAUCCAUGGAACUGUAUCCGAGCAGCUCAAAAAGAAUUUCGCGAAGUCCCGCUGGAAACAGGCAUACCAUGCGACUACGGUGAUUCGUCAAAUGCAGAAGAUGGCACUGAACAGCAGCAGCUCGAGCCGCAACUCCAGCGCGCAGUCCAAGCAAUAGCUGCCUCAGCCGAUACUCCUUUCCCCAUAACAAGAUACGUCUGCUUAAUAAGGUACUUAAUAUUAACAAGUAUAACAUUUUAACAUGACAAGUUGACUUAAAACAACUCUACUAUUAAUAAUGUCUGUGGCUUUUAUUAAAUUGAUAGAUGUGCCACACUAAUGGAAGUUCAUUGUCCAAACUGUUGACGCGCCUCUGAUUUGUGUCAUCGCUAAAUAUAAUAAUGACACAAAUUGUAUUAUCAGCGCUUGAAACUUUUAAUUGGAGCAGUGCUUAUAAAUGUUAUUAAGCAUAAUAUUUAGGUAAUGAAUGAAAGCAUCGAACUGUUUUUAAAACAUUAUACCUAGUCAUUCUAUAAUUUCUGAUGGAUAUUGAUAUGACCUGUUAAUAAAACUUAAAGCUACUCUAAAUGGCAAUGCCAGAUUUUGUAUGGAAGGUGGCGUCUUUUUUUUUUGCGCGGCCAUCGACCAAACCUUGUUUUUUGAUUACAAAAUAGUGUCAUGUUGAUCAUCAAACUUCUAACGCUCGUAACUCAGUUCAGACUGAGUUUAGAGGUAUACAUGCCAUAGUAAGUUUAGUUUAUUACACUAUUUUGUAAUCAAAAAACAAGGUUUGGUCGAUGGCCGCGCGAAAAUAAAAAGACUCCAAUUUCCGGCAUUGUCUUUUUAUCUCAACUAUACAACUUUACUAUUUUAAAAAUGACUACUUACAUACCAUACCUAAUUUUAAUUAGGAACAUUCUUUUUAUAAUGUUCAGUGGAACCUAGGAAUCUCAUGGGAACCUUGUGUCUAUGAUCUGUAAUAGUAGCAACAUGACAUUGUAUCAUAUGUAUCAUAAAAAGUUAUCUAUCAAAGUAAUUUUUAAAUAUUCUAUACUUCACUUUUUGAAUGAUAACAAAAUAAUUAGGUAGGUUAAACAAUGUUCUCUUUAAAGAUACUGACUAAUAUAUUAAGGUAUGGUGAUAAUCACAUAAAAUAUACUUAAUUGUAAGAUCUGUUUCAAAACCAUUAGAGUUAAAUCAUAAAAAUGACGAAUAUUUACAAAUUAAUGUGGUUAAAAUGUAUUGCAAAGUACUGUCAGUUCUGUAAUAUGCUCCAAGUUUGAUAUCAAUUUGAUAGUUUUAUCCUGUUAGUAACUGAAAAAAAAAAACAUAAAACAUUAAUGAAAUUGCAUAUCCACCCAAGUCAUUCAUUAGGCUACAAUCGGUGCAAUGUAAAAGUAAACAUUUCGGCAAAGUUGUAUAACAUGCACAACAUAGUCAAAUGACGUGAAAUUGCAUAUUAAAUUCCGAGGGCAUAUUUCAGAAGAGGCGCGACCCAAGUCAUUCAUUAGGCUACAAUCGGUGCAAUGUAAAAGUAAACAUUUCGGCAAAGUUGUAUAACAUGCACAACAUAGUCAAAUGACGUGAAAUUGCAUAUUAAAUUCCGAGGGCAUAUUUCAGAAGAGGCGCGACCCAAGUCAUUCAUUAGGCUACAAUCGGUGCAAUGUAAAAGUAAACAUUUCGGCAAAGUUGUAUAACAUGCACAACAUAGUCAAAUGACGUGAAAUUGCAUAUUAAAUUCCGAGGGCAUAUUUCAGAAGAGGCGCGACCCAAGUCAUUCAUAAGGCUACAAUCGGUGCAAUGUAAAAGUAAACAUUUCGGCAAAGUUGUAUAACAUGCACAACAUAGUCAAAUGACGUGCAAUACUGCAGUGUGUGUUGAUCUUCAUACACGACUGAUCACGUAUGGAUUCGCGUCAUUCGCCAAGACAUUGAGCUACAUGUAGUGCGUCAAUUAUUGUCAAAUGAAUAACUUUGUGCACUGCAUGAAUAUUAGGCGUAAUAAGACCGCCUCCACCCAUGUUAUUGCAUUGAAAAUUUUAUGUAUACCUAUCUAAUUAAACCUAUUUAAUCCUUGAAAUUUCGAGUACCUAGUAGUUGUUUUAAAAUAUUAAACAAAUCAUAUAAUCUUAUACCUAGAGUAAGUUUCCGAUUCUAAAGUUAUGUCCUUCCUAUACUGAAUAUUUCACGACGUCUAUAUAUUUGAAAAUAGUCUGUGGGAUCUCUCUGAAACUAUUUGCGAUAGGUCACAAUUAUCAUCCUGUAUAAUUGCAUAAUAGCAAAAUUAUCAUCACAAUAAAUAUUUUAAAUCCAAUCUAACCAAACCAGAUUUCUUUGUUUGCAAAUUAUAAAUCUACAAUGAGGAUCAGUACUGUUGUAGAAAAUGCAAUAAAACUAGUAUCUACGUUAAUCUUUAAGACAUAAGAAAGAUAUAUCUUUUUGAAUUAUCCAAAUCGGACCAUUACUUACGAAGAUAUUAAGUAAUAAACAUAGGCCUUUUUUGCCGCUAAAAGUCAACGUACGCAGGGCCGCGUGACGUCACUAUAUCCGAAUCGAGCGCAGCCGGCGUACUAUUGGGAUGGAAAAUAUUUUUUUCCAGCUAAACUAUCAGUUUUAGAAAAAAACUUUUAAUAACAUUUAUUCAUCAAAAUAAAGUAACCCAUCGACCAGUAAUUUAAAAAAAUAAAAAUUGUGAAAAAAAAAGUAUCGCUAUGUCCAAAGACCACAUUUUCAUAGGAUUCGAUGGAAUGCGGAGACGCGGUUGGGGUGAGUGUAACUUUAUGAUUGUUUGUAUUGAACAUAAUAAUACAUAAUAUUAUGAGUGCUAAUAACCAGUUUCUGGC